UUCGAAUGACGCGUUCGUGUCUGCCGCGAGGGAUACGUUCAGUUCAGUCUGUUCUCCACGUUCUCCACGCAAGGACGAUUGCCGUCCGCUCCGUUUGGCGAAUCGUAACGUGAAUUUUAAUUGUUUAUUCGGCCGGGCCGAAUUAUGUGUUUGGGAGAUAACGCGCGGCAAUUGGAUGUAUAUGUAUAGACAUUUCGUGUGGACAUUAAUUCUUUUCCCGCGUUCACUCUUUCUCUCACGAAUUGUCCUCACGUGUCAUCGCCAGAUGAAAGCGUGCGGGACGCUAAUGCGAUCAAUGAUUUGCUCAAGUCGAAAAAUAAACGCUACAUUUGCAAUAAACGUUACAGUCGAAUUUCUUUCAUUGAUAUAACAAUGUAAUACGCGCGGACAGUAGCACGUUUCGUUUGUUAUGACCCAACUGGUAUUCGAGAGUCGUCGUCGUCGUCGUCUUCGUCGUCUUCGUUAUCAUCGUCGUUGUCGUCGUCAUCGUCGUCGUUACCGCCGUCGUUAUCGUCAUAUCGAUAUUUUAUCCGAUAAUCUCGAGAUGAAGCCACUCUUGGUACUCGCAAUCGUCUACUUGCUGGCCAAGAUCGUCGAUUGCCGAGCCGUUGAAAAUAACACUGAUGAGAAUGAGCGCGAUAAACGACGACACAAGUUCUCCGUCGAGGACCUACUCAACGUCAAGUUUCCGCACAUUAUCACUGGAGAUUUAGAUAUUGAUAUUUGCAAGGCAGGCGGUUUUCUCGGUGACAUUGCUCUGCCAAAUAUCAAAUACGACACAGAAUGGCGCGAGCAAAAAUUAAAUAAAAGCUAUUUGGAAGAAUUGAAAAAGUAUAGAGAAGAAAUAUUAAAUGAAGGCUUACAGGUGGAAGAGGAAGGUCUUACAGAGCUUCUCCAGUUUAAGAGCGAACACGAUGCUAACAAACAGGUGCUGCAUGAGCACGAUCAGAUGGUUGCUCGAGAAAAGUCAGAGCCUAUUAUGAUAGACCGCAACCAAUAUAGCACGGGUGACGAAUCCGAAGAUGGUUUCAGCUUUAGUGCUAGAAACGAUGAUACUAAUCCCGCAGUGAAAGACGAGGGCUUUGAAUUCAGAUUGGAAUUCUCGACCCAAGCUUCAAAGAAAAGGCAUUUUGGACAACAAGCUCAUCGACAGCUUUUCAGGAGGACUUGGAUAUCGAGUCGAUCAGUGACAGCUAAACAAUCGAAUGACGACGUGCCUCUCGAAUUUUCAACCUCUACAACCCCUACAACUUUAACUCUCGAGGAUAAUAAAUAUGUAGGUCGCGUACGUACAGGCGGCGUCAAGGAAACAUUUACCGCGCAACCUGAAACGAAUACGCAAAGUGUCGCAAACCAACGACGUCGACGUCAUCAUCGCAGAAGAUGUUCUCACAGUCAUUGCAAUCGACGAAUACAUGGCCUUAUUACCGAUGCAUCGGACGAAAUCGUUUCUGUACACGAUCGACGCCUUCGUUCCAUCGAGUUCUAUGAUAUAGAACAUAAACCGAAAUACUUGGCGAACAAGAGUGGCACGAGACAUGUGUAUUUAAGCAGAAUACGUCGGGCGGCUACCGCGAGGAAGGAACGAGUGUGGGAUCACGGUGUAAUCCCUUACGAGAUCGAUGGAAAUUUUUCCGGCGCACAUAAAGCCUUGUUCAAGCAGGCGAUGAGACACUGGGAAAAUUUCACUUGCGUCAAAUUUGUAGAGAGGGUGCCUAGAGAGCAUCCUAAUUACAUUUUGUUUACGGAAAGACCUUGCGGAUGUUGUUCUUUCGUUGGAAAGAGAGGUAAUGGACCGCAGGCUAUUAGCAUCGGGAAAAACUGUGACAAGUUUGGUAUAGUUGUACACGAGUUGGGUCACGUCGUUGGAUUUUGGCAUGAACAUACUCGACCGGAUCGUGACCGUCAUGUACAAAUCAUCCGCGAUAAUAUUAUGAGUGGUCAGGAGUACAAUUUCAACAAGUUGACAGAGGAAGAGGUUAAUUCACUCGGCUUGCCCUAUGAUUAUGACUCUAUUAUGCACUAUGCAAAGAAUACCUUUUCGAAAGGCACUUAUCUGGACACGAUCUUACCUAUGGAAACCCAUGGAAAAAAGAGACCCGAGAUUGGACAAAGAAUUAGAUUGAGCGAGGGCGACAUCGCACAAACGAAUCUUUUGUAUAAGUGUCACAAAUGCGGUAGAACCUUUCAGGAGAACAGUGGUAACUUCGGAUCACCGAAUCACCCGAAUAGUUCUCCGUCUGUCGAUGGAGAACGAUGCGAAUGGAGGAUUACGGCGACGCAUGGCGAACGUAUCGUAUUAAAUAUCACGUCUCUCGACAUAUUCAAAAGUGAUUAUUGCCGGAGCGAUUACCUUGAGAUUCGAGACGGGUACUGGUACAAGAGUCGAGUAUUAGGUCGAUAUUGCGGCAGUGGCAGGAUGCACGAGCCAAUAGUGUCGAGUGGAAGUCGCAUGCUGGUAACGUAUGUGACUUCCAGCAGGCAGAGUGGCCAUCGUGGUUUCACUGCGAGUUACGAGGCCGUUUGCGGCGGCGAUGUCGAAUUAGAUGGCGUAGGACAUCUGGAGUCGCCAAAUUAUCCAGAGGAAUAUCAAUCCAGCAAAGAGUGCGUGUGGAAGUUGUCCGUACCUCAAGAUUAUCAAGUGGCCUUGAAAUUCCAGUCUUUCGAGAUCGAGAACCACGACAGUUGCGUGUACGACUACGUUGAAGUGCGUGACGGACAUAACAACGAUUCCCCCUUAAUCGGCGUUUAUUGCGGAUACAAGAUACCGCCAGAUAUUAAGUCGACGGGGAAUAAGCUGCUCGUUAAGUUCAUCAGCGACGGCUCCGUUCAAAAAGCUGGUUUCUCGGCAACUUUUAUGAAAGAAUUCGACGAGUGCGUGUUAACGGAUCACGGUUGCGAGCACGAUUGUAUCAAUACGCUCGGUGGAUACGAGUGUUCUUGUAAAAUUGGUUACGAAUUACACUCUGACGGCAAACAUUGCGAAGACGCUUGCGGUGGGUUUUUCGACGAUAGCAAUGGCACUAUCACGAGUCCAUCGUUUCCCGAAACUUAUCCAGGAAACAAAAAUUGCGUCUGGGAAAUUAUCGCUCCGCCUCAAUAUCGCAUUACUCUAAAUUUCACGCAUUUCGAUCUCGAAGGCAACAACGUAUACCAGGAAGAAUGCGAGUACGACUCUGUGGAAGUGGCCAGCAAGCUUGGCGACGACGUUCUCAGAAAGCAUGGGACAUUUUGUGGCGCACGAUUACCGCCACUUAUCACAUCCGAAGGCAAUUUUAUGAGGAUUACCUUUACAUCUGACAACAGCGUCCAAAAAUCAGGCUUUGCUGCCGUAUUUUUCACGGAUAUGGACGAGUGUGCCAAUAAUAACGGUGGGUGUCAGCACGAGUGCAAGAAUACGAUAGGUUCUUAUCAAUGCUCUUGCCACAAUGGAUUCACACUUGACGAAAACGGUCACGAUUGCAAAGAGGGUGGCUGCAAAUAUGAAAUUACCGCACCCAUGGGAACAAUCACCUCACCGAAUUACCCGGAUUACUAUCCUGGCCGUAAGGAUUGCGUUUGGCAUUUUACUACGAAGCCAGGCCAUCGGAUAAAAUUGGUUUUUAAAGUUUUCGAGAUGGAGCCGCAUCAAGAAUGCGCGUACGAUCAUAUUGCUAUUUACGACGGAGAUUCACCGGACAGCAUUACUUUAGGUAGAUUUUGCGGUAACAAGGAACCACAUCCGAUUCUCGCUACGGGCAAUCAAAUGUAUAUGGUUUUCAAGAGCGAUGCAUCCGUGCAGAGAAAAGGGUUCUUGGCCACCCAUAGCACAGCCUGCGGUGGUCAUCUCAUGGCAACGGAUAGAGUGAGACAUUUAUAUUCUCACGCCAAGUACGGUUAUUACCAUUACGAUCACAGAACUGACUGUGACUGGGUGAUAGAAGCACCGCUUGGCAAAAAUGUUCACUUAUCUUUUCUUUCGUUUCAACUGGAAUACGAAACCGAAUGUGGAUAUGACUUUGUUGAGGUUUUUUCCGGUCUAGAUGCGUCUAGUCCACCGUAUGGUAGAUUUUGCGGUAAUUCCAAUACCACUGAUUUUAUUUCCAUGAGCGAGGCGCUACUAGUAAGGUUCAGAACGGAUGAUACAAUCUCAAACAAAGGCUUCGUAGCCAUUUUCGUGGCAAUCGAUCGGCAGGACAGCGAGGAAAAUCUCGGGGGUGAAGACAACGAAGAUCAGGAAAACAUUUGAUCCUUGGCUUGGCCAUAUACUUGAAUCGAUUGGAGUGAUAAAAUUUCAAGUCGACUACUUUUCCGCGGGAAGUACUACGUAAGAGUGUUAGUGUGUGACAAUACAUUACGUAUAUUCUUCUAUGUAUGUUAAAUGAAAUUUUCAUCCUUGUUAGGAAACACGUUGAUCCUUAAUUUAUAUGCGCACACGUACUCACACGUACGCACGCGCGCGCGCACGCACACACAAUAUUUGCUCUUACUAUAUACGUGUAUAUGUACACGCGCGCGCGCGCGCUUGUGUGUGUGUGAGUGUGCGUGUGUGUAUGUGUGCGCGCGCGCGUGCAUUAUAUCGAGGAUAGAAUAUCCGCCCGAUCGAAGCGCGUAAAUCUAUCUAAUAACAAUUCAAUGCGAUAAUCAUCGAUGCGAACGCGAAGCAAUAUUUCUAUCGCGUUAGAUGCAGUUAAAAGUUAUUUCAUCGAGCCGACGCUUAUGUCACAUUUUACAAAACUUACGAAUCUUAGAUCGAACAUGUUGAAUAGCACCGUAGUGUUCUUUUUUUUAAGCCAUAUUAAAACAAUAGACAAUAUCGAGAUUGUUCGUCGCGAAAAUUCCAAGAUGGAUAUAUCUUGAUAAAUCGCAAUGUAUAGUUCUUCAAAUUGUUUGUGUCUUAGAACACAACCAAAAUUGUAAAUUUAAAACGUACAGCGUUUCAAGAAAUAAUAUAAUUAUUAUUACUUUGAAGAUCGCUCCGCACUUGGGCGAGAUUCUCUCAAUAUAUUAGCGAUAAAUUAAUAAUGUAUCAUUAUUUAAGUUCAGUUAUGGAGAUAAAGAAAAAAUUACUUUUUGCUAUAUGUAGUUUUUUCACAAUUAAUGUGGUACGGCGUUAAAUAUAUACAAUCGAUAUCCGAUCAUGGAA